AGGUGCCAGAAACCUUCUGAGUACUGCCAACAGAUUUAAGAACCUGCAUGUGGAUUUCAGUGGGGUGCAGCCACAUUUGUGGAAAUCUAAAGCAGCACUAUUGAAAUGCAGGUCUGUACUUCUCUUUGACACAACUGGUAGUUCAUUUAGAUGCUUCUGCAGGUAUGGAGCUGACAUCAGCCAUCUUCAUCUUUGUGUUGGCAUCUAUACACCAGCCCAUUGCAGGUGUUGGCCAUGAUCCACUGCUUGUUGUGGAUGAUUAUGAGGGUGGUGGUAUCCGACUCAAAUGUUUAUCUGAAAGGUUGUUUUCUGAAGCUCAACUGUUGUGGAUGGACAGCAGAGGAGACAACAUCACUGGAACUCCUCUUCCUGUUGACACCAGCACUGUCAGCAUCAGCAGCUCCAUCAUUCUCAAAGCAGGUUCUAGAAACUCCGUGUCCUGCAGAAUUAUAGAUAAACAACUGAAAACAUCAACAGAAUCUUCAGUUGCCAUUGCAGAUGCCUUCUUCCCUUCCACAUCCCCUUGGCUGGCGGCUUUUGUUCUGAUCCUGCUCCUGAGCAUAUUCCUGGUCCUCGCUGCAAUGUAUAAGAUGAGAAAUAACAAUAAGGAAGUCACUCGUGCACAAAAUACACGAAAGCAAAUUCAAGAAGAUAUAGAUGAACUCAAAGACAGACUGGAAGAGCAAAAGAGGAGAUUUGAGAAGGAAAAUGAGGAUGCGAAGGGAAAAAUCGAAAACGUCCGGAAUGAACUGAAGUUCAGGAAAGCUCGUAGAAAUGCAGUUAAUAUCACUCUGGAUCAGAAAUGCAAACACCCUAACCUGUGCAUUAGUGAUGACAAAAGGAGGGUAAAGUCCUCAGACAAGACAGAGACAGUCCUCAAAGCGAUGGUGGUAGCUACUGAAGGUUUUCCAAGCAAAAAACAUUACUGGGAAGUAGAGGUGGGAAACCAGUCGCAGUGGGAGCUGGGAGUGGUGAGUGAGAAGAUUAGGAAUAUGAUAAUGAACAACACGGAGAAUUCACUCCCAGCGAAUAAUGUAUUCAGUCUACAGUAUUCUCAGGGGACAUACACAUUCAGUGAUGGGCAGGAUAUAAGAGAUUGCGAACAGUGCAGUGUGGUGGGUGUUCUCCUGGAUAUGGAAAACACUGAGCUUUCGUUCUACGAUGCUGAAGAAAUGAGGCCUCUUGGGACUGUCUUUUUUGAGUGUACUGGGAACAUUUAUCCAUUCUUCAGUCCGGAUUCAAGUGGCAACUGGCUGGGGGUACGUCCUGUAAAACCUCAGACCUACGAAGCUCUUCCACAGAGUGAUAAGGAGAUUAAUAAAUGAACAACAUGGUGAAAUAACAGUGGAUGCCAAAAAGAAUGCAAAAGAGUGCAUUUUCAUCAUUAAAAACCAUGGUUAAGGAAGAAAUAGUCCCUGAAGUACUUCAGAGGGCAUCAUCUUCCUGUAAGAGCUCAUUCUGUAAAAACUGGAACAUAUCAAAUUACUUCUAUUGUAUUUUACUGCAUCUGGAUUGAGAACAAACAAACAAAUAAACAAAUGAAACCUCUACGUAUUUA